AUGCAUCAAAAUACUAGAUUAAAUGCAAGUUCUCCUUCGUUUUUGACAUCAACAAUGAUUAAAAAAAAUUUCACCAAUUCGAAUUCUUCGUUAAAUCGCUCGAAAAUUUUGCCAAAUCAAAGCGAAAUUCUCACCGAUCCGCCGUAUCAGUUAUCGAUAGAACUUAAUGAUCUUUUAUCGCACACACAAAAAAACAGUCGUCGUCGUAAUCAAAUACCCAACGCACAAAUACCACGCCCACAAAAUGCUUACGUGUUGUUUUGUCGCGAUUUUAGAGAAAGAAUAAAAAGAGAGUGUCUUUGUGACAAUUGCGCAUAUGAGAAAUUUGGAACUUCUCAGACAACGGAAACUCGAUGCGUAAAAAACUAUCCAUUUGAGGAAGUAUCAAAAUUAGCUUCGAUUAGUUGGAAGGAGCAAUCCGAAGAGGUAAAAAAAUAUUUCCACACAUUAAGUGGUUGGGCAAAAGAAAUUCAUAAAAUAGAAUUUCCCGGAUAUCGAUAUUCUCCUAAGUCAUCACGAAGAAACGAUAACAAGAAAUCGACAGUAUUUAUAGAUGAGUCGAGUAAAUUCAAUAAUUCUGAGGAUUCUGAUAUUAUUAAAGAACCUUUUUUAUCUUCAUCUCAAAACGAACCGGAUUCUUUAGCGUUAGAGCUAUCAAAUGACCAAGUGAUUGCCAAUACAGUAGUCUUUAAUAACGAAGUAGAGAAUUCAAAAGAAAAAAUUUUUUGCAUAUCAGAAACAAAUGUUUCGAUGAAUCCCUUAGACAGCAGUAAAAACAUAAAUAUCAAUUUCAAUUGCAAUUCAGCAUUUUCUGAGAACGCAGUUCUAAAAAAACAACCUUCACCAAAGCCAUCCCAAAAUGUCUUAGUGUCUCCAUUCUUGUGGUCGUCAAAUGAGCAGCCUCAAUUGAUGUCCUCUGUUAUAAAUGAUGAAAACAAUAACUUUGAUUUAUCUAUACGAAACUCCAAUGAUGACAUUUCGAAUCUAUAUGAGUUGCCAUCAGAUUUCAACACUCUUCAAUGUUACGAAAUUUAUGUCAAUUACUUUUGA